GCGUUCCCGACUUUUGAGUCCCAUGUCUUUUCAUGACCUGGGUGCACCUGGGAACAGUACUUCUUGCAUUGCUCGCUGGCUCAAGUAAUUACCGCUCAAGUAGACGUGGCGAGCGAGAGUGGGUUGGAACCCCCAGGAACACCUUUUUUCUGCAAGUUCUUGACCUCUCGCAAGUCAGCGACAUCUGGGUUGCGCUUCGUCAGGGAGCACGUCCAGGAGGGAAAGCUCCAGGGCCAUGGCGAACGGCGAGAGGCGUCCCGCGGCCACAGCGGCGAGAUGCGUUGCCCUGGGACUUUGUCUCGCGGGCCUGCAUGAGGCCUUGCUUUUCUUGUCUCCAAGGCAGCCGAACGAAAACCUGCCACGACGGCAAGUGCUAGCAGGCUCAGGUGUGGGGCUCUUGUCCAUGUUGCCAGCACCAGCCUUGGCUUACGAGACGUACUCCGACCCCAACGUGGGAUACGAGUUCAAGUUUCCCACCGGCCCUCAAAAGUCCACCAACAAAGGCUACGAUGUCUUCCUGCGGGAUAUUAUCGAGCCAUUGGAAUACAUUGGCCUUAAGAUCACCAAGACUGAGCGGAAUAGCUUGAACGACGUGGGCUCCCCACAAGAGGCGGGGGAACCGGCCGCGCUGGGGAACCGGCCGCUGGUCGAUGCGCAACUGGGAACGGAGGUGGUUCAGGAGUGCUUCCAUCAAGUGUGCGAUGACAUCCUCACUCCCGCCUUCGCGGCGACCGAGCUCGCUUCCUGCAUGGCGCGGUGGACCUUGCGAGGUGUACGGGCUGCCUUGCUGUUGGCCUUUCUUUGGGCUGGGAAGGAGACUUCCCAAAGCUUUCUGCAGCCUCGCUUGGCCACUUCUAGGCAGACGUUUUCCACGGCACGAAGCGCGACUGUGGAAGAUGUAGGUCCAAUCAGUAUUGAAAGGCAGAUCUCCCAGGCUCGACAGGAGGAGCUCGGCACUGGCGGCUGGGCGUCUUGGGAGUCCGACCCAUCCCUCACCGAGACCUGGCCA